AUGUUCAAAUCAUGCCAGUACUGUCAACACCGAAAGAAAAAGUGUGUCCUCCCGCAACCGUCUGCCUCGGACAGUCGUUGCUUGGCCUGCCAGCAUUUCGACAUCAAAUGCGAGAUUGGCUUUCGGAAGCCCAGCUUCAAGCGUCGACUGAAAUCACACGAGGUUUCAUCUCGGGUGUACACGCAAUAUUCGGCGAGGUCCAGUGCAACGCUGCUUCGGCCGACGGGUUCGCUGCGAGAAGCAGCAGUCGUUCAUGUCAACAAUGGCGACUGUCAGCUUCCCCGAGUCCGUGCUGAUUCAGGCUCGCUGGACGCUGCCAAGAUGAUCAUGACCGUGGACGAGACUGAGAGCAGACAUAUCGAUCAGAUGACCACAGCGGAGAAGUAUCAGAUGAUUGUGUCAUGCGAAUUCCCAUUCCUUCCUCGAGAAGCACUGCUAUCGAUGGAGGAGGCCAAGAUUCCCGAAGCAUUGAGUUAUUGUGUGCAUCUCGCAGCUCAACUAUCUCUGCAGAACGAAUGUGCAGGCCUGUCUGAAUCACAGGUACAGAAGCUAUCUAUCCUCGUCAACCAGCAAGAUCUUGAUCUGAUCCAAGCUGCCGGUCUGAUGCUCCUGUUACCACGAGUGAAUUUGACGUCAAGUAUCGUCGAGAAGGCAUUCACACCGUUUGCUGCCAUCGAGAACAUCCACAACAUUCCGCUACCAGUCUCGAUCGGAGCCUUAACCGCGCAGACCUGGAUUUGCCUUGUUGGUCACACUCUCCAGUCAUCUCCUCCCAAUUUGCCUCCAAACAUGCUGCUUGACUACGCUGCAACCCUCGAUCAUGACACGUUUGCUCCACACUACUUGAGGCUGACACACCUGGCUGCGUCUUUUCUUGAACUCCGCAACACGACUACGAUUCCGCAGGAUGAUGAACCCGUGGCACGAGAAGUGGCUCAAGAAUGGGCUCGACUCGAAUACUCGUGCCUGCUGAACGUAGCCCAGAUGCCCUCCGAGUUCCUCGAUGUGCGGGAUGAUAUGCCGGCGACUCCUGCAGCCAUCAUCACCCACAUGUUGCAGAGCUUGAUCUACUUACGUUUGUACGGCUACGUACUCAUCGAAAAUCCUGCUGUUGGACGCGAAAUCGGAUUGCGGCCAGUUCCUGGGGUGCUCUACUUCAUCUGUGCCAUUUCACGCUCAAUUUUUGUCUGUCAGCAGCAGAUUGUCGAACACUGGUCACAAUUAGCCCAGAUCCAAGCCACGGCAGCGGAGACAUUGCUAAGAUUCUGGGAGCUGACAAAUUUCGAGAAUUGCAGAGCUCUCUUGAAUCUCUGGGAUCCACUGCCUGGUCAAUUCGGGCUCUUAGAACAAACGAUCAGGGAACGCAUUGGUCCAGGCCCGUGGACCAUCGAGCUCAUUGAUGGCUAUUCUGUAUUCUGGACAUUCCGGGAUUUGAGAAGCUUAAGCCUCGAGGUUCACAUGCGUUCUUGA